GCGCUCUCUCUAUUCUUGAGGAUGUCAACAUAGAUCAAGUCGUUGUAAACAUGGCGGAGAGAAGACGGAGAAGAAAGGUACAAAGUGGGGAAGAUUCGGAGGAAUUAUCCGAUGAUUCAGACGAGGAGCGUCUUCCUGGUCAGCGAAAGUCUCUUGCGGGAAGUGAUGGUGGAGAGAGUGAAUAUGAGAGUGCUGAUGAUGAAGAGCUUGGCGAGGAAGAGGAGGAGGAAGAUGAUGAACUUCUCAUCAUGCCAGAUGGGGUUGGGAUAGGGGAUGAGAACAAGCAGCUGGAUGAUGAUGAGGAUCGGAAAAAUCCCCAGUACAUCCCCAAGAAAGGCACUUUUUACGAACAUGAUGACCGAACUGCGGCUGAGGAAGAUGUAGAAAAACCGCCUGAAGAACCUACUGUAAAGAAGGAAGCCAGCAAGAAAAAAGUGUGGAAGGAAGACAACAAGUGGAACCAUGACAAAUUCAAUGAAUUUGAUCAGGCCCCAAAAACUCGCGAGGAGCUCAUUGCUGUGUAUGGCUAUGACAUCAGAAAUGAGGAAGGCCCUCCACGUGCUCGCCGUAGACGUCGUUACGGCCGUGGACCCAAUAAAUAUACACGCAAUUGGGAAGAUCUUGAUGCCUAUGCCAAACCUGUCAGAGGAGGAACUGUCCGAGGGGGAGGGCCUGGAAGAGGAGGAAACAGGUCUUUGGCUGGUAGCAAGAAAGCUCUUUAUAAUAAUGAAGAGUUCCCAGCCUUAAAUUCCACCCAGCAGAAGUACCAAGGCAGUGAACAGGAUGAUCACAGAAGUGGUGCUGAACAUCAUUCACCUAAAAAUGACAUCCAGAGAGCUCCUGGAGAUGAACAUUUAAUAAUUGACAAUGAUGUAUCAAAAAUGCAUCAGCAGCAACAGCAAAUGCAAAUGCAGCAUCAGCAUAAUCUACAGAACAGGAAUUCUAUAUCAAGUCCCCAGUUCCAAGACUUGAAAACUGACAACAUGGGUGGACGAGGAAGAGGAGGAAAAGGCAGAGGUAGAGGUGCUGGGAGAGGAUUAAGUAGAGAUCAACAUAGGCAUAUUGAUGAGAGAAGUGCAAACAAUCAUGAUAUGCAUCCUGGAGGACGUGGAAAUCGUGGUGGUUACCAGCAGAAAGGGCCAGUGCAGCAUCAAACACAUGUUGAUGAUAUUACAUUAGACAUGAAGAAUGUAAACAUAAAUACUCAAAAUAGAGAUGAAAGACAUAAGAAAAGUAGAGGAGGUGGAAAUGUAGAGAACAGAAGAAACACUGUACCUCCACGACUGCAGGAGUCUGCAGCAGCAGCAGCUAAUCUUCAUGGCAGAGGACGGGGUAGUAAUUCUUCACCAGGAGGAGAUGGUUCUGCUUCCUCACGACCUAAGAGAUACUCUUCACAGAGACAACGGUCAAUUCCUGACCAACCAGUGCCUCCCUUCCAGCAACAGCAAGGAUAUAUUGAUCCAGCACUGGAAGCCGGUUAUCAGGGAGGAGUGUAUGAGGGAGGGGUAAACCCAGCCACCAGCCAUACAGUAUCGGCACCUCCCUCCCAACUCCCGAUUGCUGGUGGUGCUCCCCAUUCCUUUGUUCCACCAGCCUUUACCUCUCCUCCCACUUUUCCUCCAGAGCCAUUCCUGGGGAGACCACCAGCGCCUCGCAUGUUCCCGCCAGUCACGCAGUCACCUCAUCUCUUCACUGGUCCUCCUCUAGGUGCUCCUCCGGUGGGUGCACCCCAGCCACCUGGUCCCCCUGUUACUGGUCCACCAUUUAUACCCCACGAAAUUAACUAUGCUGCUCACCCUGGCCCCCAACCUGGGCCACAUGCAGGCCCUCUCCCGGGAGCAUCUCCGCUAGCAGGCCCCCACCCACCUCAGUUCCCGCCAUUCCAGGGCUUCACCCCAGGCCCUGUGUCACAACCUGGUGAAAUAUACAGCAAUGGUGUUACCUAUUAUAAUACUGAGAGUCAGCAGCAGCUACCGAGAAACAGUGUACCUCUGCAAAAAAGGCCAAAAGCAGCCAUCCCAAUAGUUCCACCUCCUGAACGAGAACAAAGACAGGAUGGAUCAUUUUCUCGAGUAGAAGGAAGUCAAGAUGAUCAGCAAUUUGCAGACUCUACUAAUGUUCCUGAAUCAGCUCUCCAGGAAUCUUCAGAGAUGGAAAUUCCUGCAGAAACUGAAUCAAACCCAGAGGAAGACCAGGAGGUUGUAAUUGAAGGGCAAGUUGAGAGACAAAGUGAAGAUCAGACUGCUACAACAGAGGACGUACAACAGGUUGAGUCUGUUGCAGACCCUAAAGUUACAGAAGAACCUGCCAGUAAAUCACCAGAGAAUGCUGCAGCUCAGGACAAACCUGAAACUAGUAUCCAGCCUAUAGAAAGUGAACUGUCAGAGACACUGCAAAAACCAGAGGAAAAUAGUAUAGAUAAUCUUGAAAGUAAAGAUCCUGAAAAGGAAAAAGCUAGUGAAGGGCAGCCAGUGGAAGAAUUAAAAACUACUGAUGGCUCUGUAGAAGCAUCUUAAUGUUUUGUUAUAUUAUGGAAUGUAUAAAGUAAAAAUAAUUCUUGACUUGAUACGUAUUUAUUUCCAGUUACAUCACUCGGCCUUUGUGGGUCUAUGCAGUCACUAUUUCUGUAAUGUAUGGAUAUUUUGCAAAAAAAAAAAUUUUGAAAAUGCAUUUUAUAUACUGGAAUAGCUUAUGUAUUUUUUUUAAUCUUAUCUUUUUCAUUUCAAAUAAUUUACUUGUGCAUUUAAUGCAUGGUUAAUGUUAGUGGAAUAUUAUUUAAGUAGAUCCUCUUGAGCUAUGGUAACUGGGGUCCCUCAUAUGUUAAACACUAUUAAAGUAUUAUAAAACCUUU